GAAACAAAAACUAUUUUUCGUUUACGGAAAAUGGACGGAGUUCAUCAAAUGUACGGACUACAAUUCAUAUGAGGAAUAUCUGAAAGAAAAUAAUUCAAAAUUUUCUUCAGGAAAAAGUAAAAGUCCGAACGAUUCCCCAUCCCACACUUCCAGAAAAAUGCUUCAGAAACUGAACAGUUUGAAAGUUGCUUCCUUCAAAGGUAAUUCAACGUCAGAGAGUAUUGAUGACCCCAAUUCCGACUUGGGAGAAAACUCUGUUCCUAAGAGUGAAUCCACAUAUUCAAUAGAUAUCCCGAAUUCUACUACGAUAUGGACUGCAAAUCCAAAACCUGCUCAAAGUAGUGACUAUUACCAGUUCACACACUUUGCGAUGUCUUUGAAUGAGUUGGAACCAGGAAUGGAGACGAAUCUUUGCCCGACAGAUUCCAGACUGAGGCCUGAUAUCAGAAAGCUUGAGCAAGGCGACAUCGAUGGAGCAGCUAUUGAAAAAGCUAGGCUCGAAGAGAAACAAAGGGAUACUAAUAAAGACCGCAAAACUAAAAAAGCAACAGAGUGGGCUCCUAGAUGGUUUCAUCAAGGAACAAAUCCAUACAACAAACAAGAAGAUUGGAUAUACAAUGGAAACUACUGGAAAAGGCAAUACACUGAUCCAGAUAUUUUUUAGAUUGCACUCAUCUGGAAAUAAGUAGAUGCUGUAGUGAAUAAAAUUGGAUGUUAACUUAAUAUGCUCCUUAGAAAAAUAGAUUGGUGUCUUUAUGUGCCAAAAUCUAGCACGAAUCUUUACCAAUUCUAGAAAAAGCGCUUCCAAAAUGAUUUAUUUGUCAAUUGUUUCGGUUUUUUAUCAUUGCUUUUGAAGGUACAUAUUAUUAAAAUGUAGAAGUUGACAAAGUUGUCCAUGAUGAUGGAUCUAAGUCAGAGCAUUGUUGAAGAAAUUAAUAUAUCGUAUUCAUUCUUAAGUUAUCAAAAAGACAGUUCCUUGAUGCUAUUAACAACUUUCUUGAAUAUUGAACUAAAGUAAUUACCUGUGGAGAUAUCAGAGUUUUAUUGACUUUUUGGGGAAUUUUCACUUACCACAAUCUGGAAAGAAGGAAAAAAAUUGUAACGUAGAACUUUAGGUAUUAGUAACUGUAAACUUUCUAUAAGUUUCUGCGUAAAAGGAAAAUGUUUUCUUGUACAGUAACUUGUCAAUAUGGGUACUCAGGUUGACGUUUUGGAAACUAUAUUUCGAAUUCACUUUGACAUGUGUCGAAGGAAUUUGAAAACGAAAAUAUUCUACAAGUCACCUGCAAGAAGUAGCUGAUUUUUUAUUUCAGAUUCAUGUCUUCAAAUGUCAAAAUGAGUACCCUAUGACAGUUUUUUUUCGGUGGACAAAAUCAUCACAUAAGACAAGUUUUUGAAGAGUCCCAGAAACGCUCAAUAAAAACUUCUCCCUAGAUUCGAAAAAAAUCUUCAAUAAUUUUUUUCCAUCGACUUCACCAUCAAACAAAAAGAUAAAAAAUCUGUUUAAAAU